AUGCCGCAAGUGAAGAUAGGCAAGCAAUAUUCCUCAACCGCAACAGGAUGCCAAUCAACCUCAACGGGAGAUGAAGAGGAGAAAGAAGAGUUGCAAUUAAGAAAAAGAAAACCUACAAAACACCAAGAAACAAGACUUGUUGGAGUCAUUGAGCAAACUUAUAGUUGGGUGGACACUUCUCAUGACAUUCAGAAUUGUUUAAGUAAAAUUACUGAUAUUGGCAUUUAUGGCAAAAACCGAGCAAGAGAAGCACGAUCUUCGAAGAAGAAAUACACACAGACUUUGAAAGACGCCAAGAACGAGAUUGAAAGAAGAGAUGAAGCGUUCAGAGGAACUCCAGGGGACAGUCAACAGAAACUACAUAUCCCUGAAUUAUCAUUCAUACGCUUGUGUUGGACACACAAAGGCACAGCAACUGUGUGUAGUAGCACCAUAGAAAGACCUGUUAUUGCCAGGAGAAAUGAGUACAUGAAGCCAUUGGAAGACGUAUUUGUCCUUCGCCUAGUGAAAUCAUGA